AAAAUGCACUUCAUUAUUUUGUUAAUAGCAGCUACUGUCUUAUUUGUAUACCCUGUAGUAGGACCAACCACUCGUGGGGGCAAAAAUGUAACAGCGUCUAUAAGAGCGAUGAACGCCGGAUCUGAUAAGGCGUUGAAUAACAUGUAUGACUACAUUAAAACUAAAAUAUUUGGUUUACAAGACGUGUCUAAUGAACUUGCUAUUCAUCAGUUUUUGGAAUUUGUGGGUGACUCAAAUACUGCUGCUGUAGAAAGUUAUCUAAGCAGAACGGAUCAAAAAUACAUAACAAAAGUAAACAUUGGUCUAUUUAAGAUUCUGAUGCCAGAAUUAAACAAAACAAGCCUGAACCCACAGGCGAAUGCACUAGUCUUCACAAUGAUGCAGAUACAAGAUCUACGAAGAAGAACAGGUUAUGAUGACGAUGGCAAUAUUCGUGAUGCUAUUAGGAAUAGUCCUGCUAAUAGUAGUAACAAUGCUGUUACUACUAUAUAG